AUGGUUAAUUUUAAACCAGAGAAGGAACUACAAGCGCCGAACAGUGGACAGGAGUUUGCGUUUCCGUUUCCACCGUACGAGAUACAGUUGGACUUUAUGAAAUCUCUCUACGGUGUGCUGCAGAGCGGCGGGAUCGGUAUCUUCGAGAGCCCCACCGGAACGGGUAAAUCGCUCAGCUUAACCUGCGGUUCGCUAACUUGGCUGAAAGACUUUGAACGUUUACUGGAAGAGGAACUGUGUAGGAAAAUCACUCAGCUGCGAACAGAAAUCGCGACUUUGGAGAAGGAGAAUGAGGUGGCCAGCGAUUGGAUUACGGGCCAGUAUAAUGCGAUGGGACAACGCAAGGAGCUGGGAGAGCUCUUGCUCUGCAAAACGGCACUAGAGGAGUACAAAAAACGGUUACAGGCCAUGAAGGAAAAGGCCACGGUGUUGAAGAAGCGCUGGAGUACAGUAAAGGAUGGGGACGGUGCGUUAAAGUCGGAACUCUGGCAAGACGAUGUUACAGCAGAUGAGGAUGAGUUUCUGAUAGCGGAUGAUAGUGAUAGUGAUGAUAGUAGUGACGAACGUCGCGACUCCGAAAAGGAACCCGAUCGAUACCGGCCAGUGCAGAUUAUAUUCUGUAGUCGGACACAUUCCCAGCUGUCGCAGGUGGUAGGUGAAGUGAAGGGAACGCAUCACGCAAAGGAGCUCCGCCUGGCAUCGUUAGCAUCACGUCAGAGUCUCUGCAUCAAUCCCGAUGUUCGUAAAUUAAAGAGCAACACACUGAUCAACGAACGCUGCCUGGAGUUGCUGAAGAAAGGAGGCAAAGGUAAAGCUGUCAGUGAAGGAGGGGAGGAGAGCAGUGGAACUAAGAAGCGUCGAAAGAUCGCUCCGAGUUGUCCUUACUACAAUCAACGUGCGAUCGAAGGGCUGAAGAAUGGGACUCUUUUCGAAGUGCCUGACAUUGAGGAUCUGGUGAAGGCGGGCAAACGAGAGAAGACCUGUCCGUACUACGCUUCACGAGCCGCUGUCCCUGAUGCACAGGUCUUGAUGGUUCCAUAUCAAUUGAUUUUACACCGUCGUACACGCCAACAGUCUGGCAUCGAUCUUAACGGUUCGAUCCUGAUCAUCGAUGAAGCGCACAAUCUACUCGACACGAUUGCUUCGAUUCAUAGCCAAGAGUUGACUCUCGAUCAGUUGCAGCAAGUUAAGAUGCAACUGGCGGCAUAUAAGGCGCGCUACUUUGCCCGAUUUUCGACCAAAAAUCUGCUUCGUAUCAAUCAGUUAAUCUUUAUAGCGACGAGAUUGGGGAAAUUGUUGUCCCCAGAGGUGAAACAAAGUGCUGCCUCAGAACAGGGUACGGGCCCUACUGCACGAUCAUCACGAAUGAUUCAAACACAGGAUCUGCUGCUUGAGGGAGACAUCUUCAAUUUGGAUUUCAUGGAAAUACUUGCGUUCUGUGAACGCUCACGCAUAGCCCAGAAGGUGCAUGGUUUCGCUCAGAGCGCACCAACAGAACUACUGGCGCAAAGUGCUGCACCGGGCAUCAACCGUCCGAAGGUAGGCAGCAGCUCCAAAGAGGUUACAAGUUCGAUGAAAACACUCUUGAAAUCGUUGGAAGAGAAAAAAAAGCAAAGGAAACAGCAAUCUCAGAAAAAAAUACGUGAAAAGCGGUCUGAAAACGAAGCAUCGGAACAGGAAAAUGUAAAAGAAUCUCCACAAAAAAUGGUGUCCAACGUCAUUCGUCCGUUGAUCAACUUCAUCGAAUGCCUUAUCGAAGGAAGCACCGGAGAUGGACGUGUGUUGCUAAGCUACAACGCAAAGGAACCCGCUCAGUCGAGUAUGAAAUUCCUUCUAUUGAACCCGGGUGCUAGAUUUGAAGAGAUUGUGCAGAGUUGCCGAUCGGUCGUACUGGCAGGUGGCACAAUGAAACCAACGGAAGAAUUAACGGAGCAAGUCUUUCGGAACUGCCCGGAACGGGUUACGAUUAAAAGUUAUCCACAUGUCGUACCGGCGGACGCCGUGCUUCCGAUCGCACUCGCGCGAGGGCCAUCGGGGAAGGACUUUCUGUUCAAUUACGCCAAUCGACAGUGCCAGCAGUUGCUUGACGAGCUUCAGUCUACCUUGAUGAACCUGUGCUACGUCGUUCCGAACGGUAUCGUGGCGUUCUUCAGCUCCUACGAGUAUCUCGAGCAGUUCUGCAAACGACUCGAGGACUCCGGCAAUCGUGCCCGAAUAGAGGAGCGAAAGCGAAUCUUCCGUGAGCCACGUACUACCGGGCAGGUCGAGCGGAUAUUGGCAGAGUAUGCGCAGGCAGCGAAAUCGGCCACCGGUGCUCUGCUACUGAGUGUCGUUGGAGGUAAGCUUAGUGAAGGAUUAAACUUUUCGGAUGAACUUGGCCGAUGUGUGGUGGUGAUUGGAUUGCCGUAUCCCAACCGUACCAGCCCGGAGCUAGUGGAACGGAUGCGUUAUCUCGAUCGAACACUUGUUAAACAAUCCCCUACGGCCAGUUCCGCCGGAAAUGAGUAUUAUGAGAAUCUGUGCAUGAAAGCGGUCAAUCAGUGCAUUGGACGAGCCGUACGACAUAUACGCGAUUAUGCAGCCGUCGUUCUGUUGGAUGUACGGUACGGUAAAGGGGCUGAGUCGUCUAUUCGACGGAAGCUCCCUAGCUGGAUCUCCGAUCGGAUGGUUUGUGCUGAUCGAUAUGGUCAGGCACAUAGUAGCUUAGUGAAGUUCUUCCGUGAUCAUAAAACAGACCGAUCCAAGGAGACGCAUGCAGGCCAGUAGCAGGCUGUGUGAAGGAAC